AUGAGCAAGGUCGAUGAAGGUGUCUCCUCCGAACUCAAUGAUGAAAACCAACAAAGAAAAGAAAAGGUGUAUUUAAGUAGUCGUUGUGGCGUACAAGAAUUCUCUGGCCUUAUAGAUAGUUUGUCGGACGACAAAAAGCAUCUCAUUGAAGAUAUGGGAUUUGGAGGGCUAUUGCAUUUGAAGAAGCAUAAGUUGAAGUUGAAACUUUGUGAGGAACUUAUGAUGAGGUUUGAUGUGACUACUAGUCAACUAAACGUGCAUGAUAAUCGUUUGACCCUACGUGUUGAUGAUGUUGUCACCAUAUUGGGUUUACAUGGUGGAGGCAUGAAUGUGGAUACUCAUCUUGGUGAGGGAGAUGAAGUGAGGGUCAGGUUUAAUUUGGGUUAUGGACAAAUUAAAUGUUCAAAUCUAAAAACAGAUAUGAUGAAGGAUCUCACGGUCGGUGAAGAAUUUAGAGGGAAAUUUCUUUUAUAUUCAAUGAGUAGACUUUUGAGACCGUCUACUGCAGUUUAUGUUCCCAAUAAUUAUUUGAGGAUAUUAGGCAAUAUUGAUGACGUGGGAAACUUGAAUUGGGCAAAAUUUGUGUACGAUGGUCUUUUAGAAGGAAUAAAAGACUAUCAAAACAAAUUGGAAGGCACAUCAAGAGAACAAUCUGUGACGGGUUGCGUUUUAUUGCUUGAGAUUUUUUACCUAGAGCACGUAAAUAUGCAUAAUGUGAUUCGUCAUUCAAGCUCCUUACCACGCAUACGCCACUGGGAUGACAAGUCAAUUGGGACGAUUGUUAAGAAGGUUUCUAGUUUGGGUGGAGUUGAUAGCAUACAGGUGGAAUUUGGAAGGGAUGGUGCUAGUUGCUUCACAAUUGAGGAUGUUACAGCACAGAUAGUUCAAUUGAGGAAUGAAUUUCAACAAGAAAUGCACUCUACAAAAUCACAAAUAGGUGACUUGAAGAAGGAAAUGACUGAUUCUAUGUCACAAAUCAUUACAAAAUUGUCCAGCAUUGAAAGCCGCUUGGAAACCAUAGCUGCAAAUAAAACCAUAGAGGAUGAGGCGGUGCAGGUUCGUACAGAAAAAGGCGAGUUGAAUGGUGAUGCUAUUGCACAUGAGAAGACAUGCGAGGAAGUUAGAACGGGUGCAGAUCACACGAUUAGUGAAGAGAAUAUGACUACAAACGAAGAUUCAACUAAUGUGUAUGAUAAGUUGGAUAACAUGGCUCGUGAUUUCAAGGCAAAAGAAGAUUUUGUGGAACUUUCUGAUGAUGCAAGCUCACUUCUAAAAGCAUCAACGCCUAAGGGAAACCACCUGGAAAAGCAAGGAAAUAGGAGAUCUGGUGCAAUUUCUUCUCAAAAUGAAAAGAAAAGAAAGGCAAAUCAACAUGAGGAAGAUGAAACAGAUUCAUUUGAGGCACUUAUGGCUGGAGUAGAUCAAAAGAUUCGAUCAAGAGAGGAUUCAAACAUGGGACUUCGAAAGAAAGAAGUACUCAAAGCCGGUCCACAAUUUCAGUUUCCUUAUGUGGCCGCCAAACCAGCGGUAAUUGAUCUUGUUGUUGCUGGGUUAACACUGGAAUAUCGGGACAAUAAAGAAAACGAUUAUUGGUUUAUGCCCUGGUCAUUUACCAUUUAUCUCCCCAUAUGCGAGCAUGAACAUUGGUACUUGGCCAUUGUUAACAUGGAAAUCAAGGAGGUAUAUCUGCUUGAUAGUUAUGCUCUAAAGGACGAUUCUCCCCGUAAAGAAAAGAUAAGGCAGAUAUUGUCAGUUUUGGAUGAAAUGUUGCAUCAUGAUAAUUUCGAAGCAAAAAGUGAAGAAACCAUACCAUUAUUGAAAACGUUUGAAGUGAAGUCAAUUCCUGUCUUACAACAACCCAACACUACUGAUUGUGGAGUACAUGUAAUUCAGUAUAUGAGACAUUCUCCCAAAAAAUUUAGCCACAUCAUCUCGCAGAUGCAUGGUUUGGCUGCUCGAAAGGAAAUAGUUUCAUGGCUAUUAGUGCAUAAACAAAAUAAAAAUAGUGAAGGUAACGUCUGGGGUGCUAUGGGUAUUGUUCGUCAAGAUCCGGUUUACAUACAAGAAAACAGAGAGGCAAUGCGUGAAAUAAAAGCUUUGGAUAAAAAAUCUGAAGUGAUGCUGAGGACUGCAAAAUCUUUGAUGAUGUCACGUCAGAUGUGA